CACGGAAUAAAUCAGUCUCCACCUUCGCUCAGAAGUGUCGGCUCCGCUCCUCUGAUUGAAAACAUGGCUGGUGUUCAAGCUGCUUCUCGCCUCCUCUCAAAGAAGUUACUUUACUGCAGGAAAGCCGUCCCUGUGACAGGAGUUCAAGGUUCGAGGAAUUUGCACUUCUCCAUCUAUGGCAAGAAAAAUGCAAAAGUUUCUGAUGAUGUCUCCAAUCAGUACCCAGUUGUAGAUCACGAGUUUGAUGCCGUGGUGGUUGGUGCUGGAGGAGCGGGACUCCGGGCAGCUUUUGGCCUGUCUGAGGCUGGCUUUAACACUGCCUGUGUCACGAAGCUUUUCCCCACUAGGUCUCACACUGUAGCGGCACAGGGUGGAAUCAAUGCAGCUCUAGGCAACAUGGAGAAUGAUGACUGGAGGUGGCAUUUCUACGACACUGUGAAGGGUUCUGAUUGGCUCGGGGACCAGGAUGCCAUCCACUACAUGACAGAGCAGGCUCCCGCAGCUGUAGUGGAGUUGGAGAACUUUGGCAUGCCUUUUAGCCGCACAGAAGAUGGUAAGAUCUACCAAAGGGCAUUUGGAGGUCAGAGUCUCAAAUACGGCAAAGGAGGCCAAGCCCACCGCUGCUGCUGUGUCGCAGACAGGACUGGACAUUCACUGCUUCACACUCUUUAUGGGCGGUCGCUGCGUUACGACACCAGCUACUUUGUAGAGUAUUUUGCGCUGGACCUGCUGAUGGAAAAUGGCGAGUGCAAAGGCGUGAUCGCGCUCUGCAUGGAGGAUGGCUCUAUCCAUCGCUUCAGAGCUCAGAAUACUGUCAUUGCUACUGGGGGUUACGGUCGAACCUAUUUCAGCUGCACAUCUGCUCACACAAGUACUGGCGAUGGAAAUGCCAUGGUGACCAGAGCAGGACUGCCCUGCCAGGAUUUGGAGUUUGUACAGUUCCAUCCCACUGGGAUUUAUGGAGCCGGUUGUCUGAUCACCGAGGGCUGCCGUGGCGAGGGAGGCAUCCUGAUAAACAGUGAGGGCGAGCGCUUCAUGGAGCGCUAUGCGCCCAACGCCAAGGACCUGGCAUCGAGAGACGUGGUGUCUCGCUCCAUGACCAUUGAGAUCAGAGAGGGCAGGGGUGUGGGUCCAGAGAAGGACCACGUAUAUUUGCAGCUACACCACCUGCCUCCUCAGCAGCUCGCCACGAGGCUGCCCGGCAUCUCUGAGACGGCAAUGAUCUUUGCCGGAGUGGACGUCACUAAAGAACCCAUCCCCGUCCUGCCCACCGUCCACUACAACAUGGGAGGCAUACCUACAAACUACAAGGGCCAGGUGAUCACUCACACUAACAGCGAGGAUAAAGUGGUUCGCGGACUGUACGCCUGUGGAGAGGCUGCCUGUGCAAGUGUUCACGGUGCCAACCGACUGGGCGCCAACUCUCUUCUGGACCUGGUGGUCUUCGGCCGAGCCUGCGCCCUCACCAUCGCUGAGGAGCACAAACCUGGAGAGGCGCUUUCCCCUCUUCAGUCCAGUGCAGGCGAAGAGUCUGUGGCCAACCUUGAUAAGAUGAGGUUUGCCAAUGGAAGCAUGAGAACCUCUGAAAUAAGGCUCAACAUGCAGAAGGCCAUGCAAGCUCAUGCUGCCGUGUUCCGUACCGGUUCUGUUCUGAAGGAGGGAUGUGACAAAUUGGAUACAAUUUACCAAACGAUGGAAGAUAUCAAGACUUUUGACAGAGGCAUUGUGUGGAACACGGACCUGGUGGAAACACUGGAGCUGCAGAAUCUGAUGCUGAAUGCUGUCCAGACCAUUCAUUCAGCUGAACAGAGGAAGGAGAGUCGGGGAGCUCAUGCCAGAGAGGACUUCAAGGAUCGCAUUGAUGAGUACGAUUACUCAAAGCCCUUGCAAGGUCAAAAGAAAAAGCCCUUCGACCAGCACUGGAGGAAACACACAAUGUCCUAUGUCGACCCCAAAACUGGCAAGGUGACCUUGGAGUACCGUCCCGUCAUCGACCACUCUCUGGACGAACAGGACUGCGCCCAUGUCCCUCCCGCAAUCCGCUCUUACUAAGAAAACGCCUCCAAUCAUGACAGUACUCACCAAAUGUUCAUUCACAAACUAUUUAUGGAAAAAAAAAUCAUGCAGUACACGGGAUUUUGAGGGGAAGCUCUCCCUUGGAUUGUCUGUAUGUAUGUCCGUGUCCCCUCUUGAACAUGUUUCAUCACUCCAGCUUGGCUAUUGUGAUGGUGCUGUGCUCCCUCUUUUUUACAUUUCAGAUUAGCUGCAGCCUAAACAAGAUUUUUUUGCUGUAAGGCCACAGGGAAGUUUUAAGCAUGUAAAUAUAAAGCUACAAUAAACACAAUGGAUUAUACAAUCCGCACAAGUAAAAUGUCGUCUCGUUUUACUCACUGUUGCCUUGGCUAACAUAUAUUUGUGAUCUGUUGGUGUGUUUGCAGUUACAAGUAAUGAACCUUAUUAUAUACUGUAUAUGUCUUAUCAUUAACAAAAAUUUACUCAUGAAGAAAUUCAGACUUGUGAUGGAUUUUAUUGCUUUGCUUUCUCUUCAAUAUCUGACAGAUGUUUAACUUCUCAAAGUUUUCGCCAGGUCUAAAUUGGUGCCUAUGGAUGAUGGUAUGAAUGUCAAAGACAACCAGUGCCUAAGUUAUCGAUGCACUGGUGAUUUGAUGAAAAAAAAAUGGAUUUAAUAUGUAAUCGAUCAUGUUAUCAUCAUACAUCAAGGUUUCUAAGUGUAAAUUAAGGUUGAUUAGGUGUUGUCACUUGAGACACUAAUGUCAUGUCUUUCAGAAUCAUUUGAAGUGGUGACUUGAGUUAUUUGCCUGUUGUGUCUGUUUGUUUUUUCCUGACUUGUUUGGUUUCAUAUCAAUAAAUGGUCGAUUGUGUAGGAA